ACUUUGAUGGCGAUUACGAGGCACGGUAUAAAUCGGCAAGAGGUUGGCGCUUUGAUGCGUUGCAGCUUUGAAGAGACGGUUGAUAUUUUGUCGGAAGCAGCGAGCCAUGGUGAAACCGACUUUUUAAAAGGCGUAUCUGAAAACAUAAUGCUCGGACAGCUGCCUCACAUAGGGACCGGCGCAUUUGAAUUGACGCUAGACGCGGAGAAAUGCAAACUUGGCAUGGAAAUUCCGACAAACAUAAUCGCUCCUUUCGGAGGCAGCAACAUGUUCUUUGCUGGUGGAGCGAGUCCAAAUAUGGCACCAAUUUCAACGCCUUGGAGCUCCGGAGCCACGCCAGCUUAUGCAGGUGGUUGGUCUCCAGUACCUCAUUCGGACAUUACUCCAGGAGGACCGGCGUUUUCUCCGUCUGCCCAGUCCGAUAGUAGCUUUAGCCCGGCCUAUUCGCCUGGCUGGUCUCCAGGUUCGCCGCACGGUUCUUUGGGACCGUCUAGUCCUGGGCCUGAGGUACUCACCAACAUCACCAAAGUACAGCCCAACGAGUCCCAGCUAUUCACCGGCUUCCCCAAGCUACAGUCCGACGUCGCCGAGCUACAGCCCGACAUCGCCGAGUUAUUCGCCCACAAGUCCAAGUUACAGUCCGACUUCACCAAGCUACAGUCCUACGUCACCGAGCUAUUCACCGACAAGCCCAAGUUACUCACCAACGUCGCCCAGCUACAGUCCUACGUCACCAAGUUAUUCACCGACAUCACCGAGUUAUUCGCCGACCAGUCCUGGAUAUUCUCCAACAUCUCCUCGAUAUAG